UCCCUCCCUCCACCCCCUCCCCAGAUGGCAAGCAGUCCUUUACAUGUUAGAUAUGUUGCAGUAUAUCCUAGAUACAAUAUAUGUGUGCAGAACCGAACAGUUCUCUUGUUGCACAGGGAGAAUUGGAUUCAGAAGGUAAAAAUAACCCGGGAAGAAAAACAAAAAUGCAGAUAGUUUACAUUCGUUUCCCAAGUGUUCUUUCUUUGGGGGUAGCUGCUUCUGUCCAUCAUUUAUCAAUUGAAACUCAGUUAGGUCGCUUUGUCAAAGAAAUUCACUUCCAUCAGAAUACAUCCUCAUACAAUAUCGUUGUUGAAGUGUAUAAUGUUCUCCUGGUUCUGCUCAUUUCACUUAGCAUCAGUUCAUGUACGUCUCUCCAAGCCUCUCUGUAUUCAUCCUGCUGUUUCAUUUCUUACAGAACAAUAAUAUUCCAUAACAUUCACAUACCACAAUUUACCCAGCCAUUCUCCAAUUGUGGGCAUCCAUUCACUUUCCAGUUUCUAGCCACUACAAACAGGGCUGCCACAAACAUUUUGGCACAUACAGGUCCCUUUCCCUUCUUUAGUAUCUCUUUGGGAUAUAAGCCCAGUAGUAACAAAAGGUACGCACAGUUUGAUAACUUUUUGGGCACAAUUCCAGAUUGCUCUCCAGAAUGGUUGGAUUCGUUCACAACUCCACCAACAAUGCAUCAGUGUCUAUGUUUUCCCGCAUCCCCUCCAACAUUCAUCAUUAUUUUUUCCUGUCAUCUUAGCCAAUCUGACAGGUGUGUAGUGUUAUCUCAGAGUUGUCUUAAUUUGCAUUUCUCUGAUCAAUAAUGAUUUGGAACAUUCUUUCAUAAGAGUGGUAAUAGUUUCAAUUUCAUCAUCUGAAAAUUGUCUGUUCAUAUCCUUUGACCAUUUAUCAAUUGGAGAAUGGCUUGAUUUCUUAUAAAUUUGAGUCAGUUCUCUAUAUAUUUUGGAAAUGAGGCCUUUAUCAGAAUCUUUAACUGUGAAGAUGUUUUCCCAGUUUGUUGCUUCCCUUCUAAUCUUGUUUGCAUUAGUUUUGUUUGUACAAAGGCUUUUUAAUUUGAUAUAAUCAAAAUUUUCUAUUUUGUGAUCAGUAAUGGUCUCUAGUUCAUCUUUGGUCACAAAUUUCUUUCUCCUCCACAAGUCUGAGAGAUAAACUAUCCUAUGUUCCCCUAAUUUAUUUAUAAUCUCGUUCUUUAUGCCUAGGUCAUGGAUCCAUUUUGAUCUUAUCUUGGUAUAUGGUGUUAAGUGUGGGUCCAUGCCUAAUUUCUGGGCAAGAUCCUUUUGAGAAAUUACAAAUCUCUUUGCUAUCUUCCCUAAAUUGAAAACCUUUUUUUUUUUUUUUUUUUGCAAGGCAUUUGGAGUUAAAUGACUUGCACAAGUCACACAUCUAGGAAAUGUUAAGUGUGAGAACAGAUUUGAACUCAGGUCCCCUGACUUCAGGCCAGGUGCUCUAUCCAUUGUGCUCAUCUGGCUGCCCUUAAACAUUUUAUUUGGAUUUAGAAAAAAUAAACAGCACAUGGUGAGUAUAAAGAGUCUGCAACACAUUAAGAAAAUAGUUCUGCCAUUUAAUCUCCAGAAAGCAAAGGUACACCAAGGAACUGAAUCUAUUGAAGAGGAAAAUGGGCUAUUCCUAUGACAAGAUCAAAGAAUGAUUAGUAACCAGAGUGUUUCACUGAUACUUUGUGAUAUUGAGAGGAAACAACUCUUUUUAUUCUCUUCUGAAUUUGUGCUUUGGGGAGAAGGUGGAAAGGGGGAAGAGAAAGAAAUAUGGAUUCCUAUUCCGUAUCAAUAGUAAAGAGAUUAUAUGCUCUUCUUGAUGAGCCUAGAGCUGGUUUCCAAAGCCAUAACUGCCUUUGCUAUUCCACGUGUUUUUCCCCUGAGCACGUGACAGACACAGCCACCUUAGCAGGACAUUAUAAACUUAAGAGGUCUGGAGUCACUGAGAGGUGCAAGUGGUUGGCAAAAGGAAAUCUUUAUGGAGUAUAAGCUGUGGGUACAAAAAUAGUAUUAAGCCUCAGGAUGAGAGGGACUUCCUAAUGGGGGAGGUCCUUCGAUUCCGUCAUUGUAGUGAUUACAUGUAGCCCAGGGAAAUUGCAGAUCCUUCUGGGAGAGCCCCGUAAUCACUCAAGAGUUUUUGGCCUAUUCUCCCAUAGAGGAAAGAACAAAUGUUUUAAAACUAUCGCCAACAGGGCCAUCUACAUUUUGUCUUACAACAAAAUAUACAACGUAAAGGAAUUCUUUAGAUAAUUUAUAACAGGGGAAACUGAAUGAACUCUAGCGCUCUCGGAGACGGAAGCAGUCCGGAAUUUACUGAGCAUGGACCACGCCCAUCUCUCACGCUGAACCUGCGCUUUGGGAGGAGAUGAGGCAGCUAUAUGGAAAUUAUAUACACAACAUGAAGAAGAAAGGAAGAGGAAGAACAAGCAGACAGAGAAGAAGAAAAUUUAGAACUUCAGAGUCAAGUAAAGUGAGUGAGAGCCACAAAUUAGAAUUUAUAGAGCUUAGGAAGUGGCUAAAAGAAAGGAAAUUCGAAGAUCAUAAUCUAAGACCAACAAGAUUUUCAGGUACAGGAAGAGGUUUGAUGGCUGUGAAAUCCUUGCAGCCAGGAGAGCUGAUUAUUUCAUUGCCUGAGGAAUGCUUACUCACUACAGACACUGUAAUUAAAAGCUAUUUGGGAGAUUAUAUUACUAAGUGGACUCCUCCUAUAUCUCCCUUGCUGGCCCUGUGUACUUUUUUAAUUUCAGAAAAUAAUGCAGGAAAUAAGUCUCCCUGGAAGCCAUACCUGGACAUUUUACCAAAAGACUAUACUUGUCUUGUUUGUUUGGAACCUCGAGUGGUGAGACUUCUACCUAAACCUUUAAAAAUAAAAGCCCAAGAGCAGAAGGCACAAGUUCAGGAAUUGUUUGUUUCUUCAAGAGGAUUCUUUUCUUCUCUCCAAUCUUUAUAUACUGAGAAUGUGGAACACAUUUUUCACUAUCAUGCAUUUCUUUGGGCUUGGUGUACCAUUAACACCAGAACAGUGUACAUGAAACAUGCACAGAAGAAAUGUCUUUCAGCAGAGCCAGAUGUGUAUGCCUUAGCUCCGUAUUUAGAUCUGUUGAAUCACAGCCCAGGAGUUCAGGUAAAUGCAGCCUUUAAUGAGAAAACCCGUUGUUAUGAAAUUAGGACUACUUCAAGUUACAAAAAAUAUGAAGAACUAUUCAUCUGCUAUGGCCCUCAUGAUAACCACCGACUGCUUUUAGAAUAUGGAUUUGUUGCCAUAAAUAAUCCACAUAGUGCUGUUUAUGUAUCAAUAGAUAGUCUUGUGGAUCACCUUCCUUCAAUGGACACACAAAUGAAUAAGAAGCUUUCCCUUUUAAAGGAGCAUGGCUUUUCAGAUCUCUUCUGGUUGGUGAGUUCUUCUGGACUUCCAUUUGGAGAAGUAAUCACACGAGUCAUGCUCGCCUCAAACCCAGUUCAGUUCCUGACUUUCUCCAUGAAUUUAACUUUUGGAUGGGAUGGUCCCUCUUGGAGAUUGCUUACAGCCCUUAAAUUAUUAUGUCUUGGAGCAGAUGAAUUUACAUGCUGGAAGAAAGUGCUUCUUGGUGAAGUGAUUUCAGACACAAACGAAUGGAAGAGUUUGGUCUUGUCUAGAAAAAUAUGCUCUUCUUUUAUAGAAGAGACCAAAACUGCACUUCAGAAGAUUUCCCAUAUGAAGGAUGAGGAAACAGCCUUGAAAGACCAGUUAACUUUGGUAGAAAAUUUGUGGGUAGAAGAACUAACGCUUCUUCAAGUGUCUGCAGAUAUUCUAAAGAAUAUGCACCAAGAAACUACCUGACCUGCUCAGUUAUUUACCUCUGUGAUGAGAGGUUUGGAGGUGAGAUUGAAAAGUGCAAUGAACUGAACAUCAGGAGACUUGCUGUGGAGAUCAGUGGGACUUUGCAAAAGAAUUAGAAGAUCCAUAUUAUAUCAUGGCAACAGCAAGAUUAUAUGAAGAUCAAUUCUGAUGGACAUGACUAUAAUUAUGAGAUGAUUCGGGCCAGUUCCAAUGGUCUUGUGAUGGAAAGAGCCUUUUGCACCUAGAGAGAGGACUGGGAAGUGAAUGUGGAUCACAACAUAGAAUUUUCACUUUUUUGUUGUUGUUUGCUUGCAUUUUUUUUUUCUAAUUUUUUUCCUUUUUGAUUUGGUUUUUCUUGUGCAGCAUAUUUGUGGAAAUAUAUAGAGAAGAAUUUCACAUAUUUAAAAUAUAUUGGAUAACUUGUCCAAAUAGGGGAGGGAGUGGGGGGAAGGAGUGGGGAGGAACGAAGGGAAAAAUGUAGAACACAAGGCUUUCUAAGAGUGAAUGCUGAAAAUUAUCAAUGUAUUUUUUUGAAAAUAAAAAGUUUUAAUUAAAAAAGUUCAGUGACACCUAGGGAAACCAAGAUAUCCUAUAAAUCAGGGAUUGAUUUAUUUGUUUUGUGGAUUAUCCCUAUACUUCAGGAAAUAAUGCAGAUUAAAAACAAAAAAGAA